AUGGUAUCAAUGGCCUCUUGUGCUGUAGGAUCCACGCGAGGAUACGACGAACUGAUCAGGCAUGCUAUACAUGUUGUGACCGAAAAACGACCUUAUGCGAAGUGGGGUACUGAAACCAAGUUCAGUACAGGCAUUGUGGAAGCAAGGCGAAUUCUGAAUGAUCUACACCUUUUGUUAGCGAAAGCACACUACUCUGAGGUUUUUGUCGAUCAAAUGAGUCCCGAUGUUGUCGGUAUUACAAGACAUAAUCCUGUAACCCAUGAUACGGUGGUCGUUGUUUCGCACACAGCCUUCAAUAAGAAUGCUGUAAAUAGAGAUAGAGUUUAUCUAAGACACAUCCCGAUAGGAGGUGUUCUGGAAGAGAUCUUAUUUGAAAUGCGAAUGGAUCAAGUGGAUCCAGAGUCCAAACCGGAGAGCGAUGACUUUCUCUUGGGUCUCACCAAUUACAAAGUUUCCAUUCGUCAGCGCAUAACACCUGAGCAUGCAAAGAUGUGUGUUGUUCACGGGCAGCAGGAUGGUCAUAUUGAGUUGACUGAAUUCCCGAGUGGUUCGGUGAUCGCG